GCGGGCUUGGCUCGCUCGGUGCGGUCUUUGGCAAGCUGACCUUUGAGGGGCCCAUGGGCAUGGUGGCCCAGGUGGCCGGCGGGCCUGCUGCCGAGCUCUGCCUCCGCGCGGUGACUCUUCUCGGUGUCUUUGCGCCCAAUGCGGCCAUGUGGCACUGCUACGUCUCGGCUCUCCAGGGCCUGCCCACUGUCCACGCCGCUAUCAUCAACACUGUCGCCAACAUCGUCUGCUCCGCCAUCUGGGGCGCACUCCUCUUUGCCGAGCCGCUCUCGCUGCGAUGGGCUCUCGGCUCGCUGCUCAUGGCCGCAGGCCUUGCCGCCAUGACUGCCGCCGCUCCACACGAAGUGCCUGCUCCGGCCACACCCUCUUCGCCCGCUGGAGACAAGCCAAAGGCCGAGUGA